UACACCUCAGUGUGUGUUUGUUUGUUUGUGCCUGAUUUGUCAUAUUUGACAUGUGAGGAGCAUGGUGGUGAGGUGGCUUAAUUGUUCUUAAAUACUUCAGAAAUAUACACUGCUAUGCUAAGCAAAAGCUUUCUUGGAGACUGUUUCGAAAAAACUGUCAGGAUUAUAAAACAAUGUCAACAAUGUUUCUAAGUAUAACAAAUCGGACAGAAAAUGACAUCAUCACAAACAUGACUAGUGGGAACUUUUUGUGGAUCGGUCUACACAGGGAAAAACUGUCGUCUGAUGGAGGCACCUCUCUGUUCCGACACUGGGCCAAAGGAGAACCAAACUCUAUCGAAGAGCAAUGUGUCACCACAGCAUUCAGUGACUCAGGACAGUGGUCAGAUGAUAAUUGCUCCCUCAGUUUCCCAUUCAUCUGCUUCAGAACAAGUUAAUGGUACAGAGAUAAACAUCAUGGCACCAGAUGGAGAUGGACCAGUAACUCACACAGUCUCAUCUCUCACUGCUGGAACUAAAUACACAUUCACUCUCUUCUCUAUGCUUGAGAACAUCAAAAGCAGUGGAGUAAACAUCACUGCAAUUACUGCUACAACAAAAGGGCCUCGUCAUGGCUUCACCCUGCACUCUCCUGUCAGAUGUGCAGUUUCAGUGUUGCAUCUGUGAGGAUGUUUUCUUUGAGCCAGUCUCCAUUCCCUGUGGUCACAGCUUCUGCUUCACCUGCAUCACAUCACACUGGGACAGCAGCCUUGCCAUCAGCUGCCCUAAAUGUCAGACAGUCUUUGAGGGCCGUCCAGAGCUUUGUGAAAACUAUUUCGCCAAGGAAAUGUCAGAGCAGAUCCGAGCAAGAAGGCAGAAUGACAUCAUACCAGGAAAAAGCAUCCAUUGUGAUGUGUGCGUUGGGAAGCAAACAAAGGCUUUGAAGUCCUGCCUCAUGUGUCUGACCUCGUACUGUGAGAGCCACCUGGAGCCUCACCUGAGAGUUGCCACCUUGAAGAUUCACAAGUUGAUUGAACCUAUUGCAAUGCUGGAGAGCAGGAUGUGUAAAAAGCACCAAAGGCUCCUGGAACUGUAUUGCCGGAGUGACCAGAGGUGUGUGUGCGUGCUGUGCACCGAGACCGACCACCGCUGUCAUGACACUGUCCCAGUGGAGCGAGAGAGUCAGAAAAAAAAGGCUCAGAUGAAAAGGAUGGAGGCUGAUGUUAAGCAGAUGAUCCAGGACAGGCUGCAGAAAGCGGAGGAGAUCAAACACUCUGUGGAGCUCAGCAAACAAAACUCAAAGAGGGACAUUAGUGAAAGCAUGGAGGUCUUCUCUGUACUGUUUCGUUCCAUGGAGAGAAGUCAGGCUGAGCUGGUGGACACGAUCCAGAAGAAGCAGGCAGCAGCAGAGGAGAGGGCAGAGAGGCUCAUCGCAGAGCUGGAGCUGGAAAUUAGUGAGCUGGAGAGGAAGAGAAAUGAGAUGGUGCAGUUUUCUCACUCUGAGGACCACCUGCAUCUUCUGCAGAGGUUUCCGGCUCUGAGUUCACCUCCAUCUGCCAAAGCCUGCUCUGACAUCACUGUCCAUUCAGACACAUGUUUGGGGACUGUAAGGAGAGCCGUGGCCAACACUGAAGAGCAGAUCCAGUUGGCUUUGAAAAAGCUUUCUACUCAAGCGCAUGAGAAGAUGAAGCAAUAUGCAGCUGAUGUUCAUCUGGACCCUGGGACAGCCAACCCUUGGCUGGUUCUGUCAGAGGAUGGGACACAGGUCUGGGAUGGAGAUGUUGAGCAGAACUUGGUGGACAUACCAGAGCGUUUUGACACAGCACCAUGUGUCAUUGCCACCCAGGGUUUCACCACAGGGAGGCACUACUGGGAGGUGGACGUGACAGACAAGACAGCGUGGGACUUGGGUGUAGCUCAACAGUCAGUCAAGAGGAAAGGCGUGGUGACACUGUGCCCAGAGGAAGGCUAUCUGACUGUUUGUUUGAGGAAGGGCAGUGAGUACCGGGCAUGUGCAGGACAGGCAGAGCUGCUGUGUCUCGCUCAGAGGCCACAGGUUCUUGGGGUGUUUUUGGAUUACGAAGAUGGGACGGUGUCCUUUUAUGAUGCACAGGCCCAGUCACACAUCUAUUCCUUUACAAAGUUCCAAUUCACUGAGGCCAUGUUUCCCUUUUUUAACCCAGAAAUGAGUGAUGGUGGCAAUAACAGCUCACCACUUACCCUCUGCCCUGUCAGUGGAGUCAAUGGAGGCGGGGAUUUAGAUGAUAUUACAAUAUGAUGUCAAAUGUGUAUUCAGUCUGUUUAUAGUUUUCUCAUUUAAAACAGCAUAAGAUUGUUGUCUGUGUCAUUUCAAACACUUAUGGUUUUUGUUUCAUGAUUUUCAAACAUUGUCUUCUGAAAUCUAUUGUACAGAAACGUGAUUAGUUAUGCUCUUCAUCCCUAUUUGAUGUUUCAUUCACAACAGUAACUACUUUCAGAUAUGGAUGAAUAAUUAAUAUCCUAUUUUUAAUUUGCCUCCCUCCUUCAAUAAACUUCAAACUGUUGUACCUGCUAACCUUUCCUCCUCCUCCUCCUCAUUCAUCUUCCCAUCACUUGUGCUUGAUCAAAAAGUAA